UCCUCCUGGCGUGCAGAGGAUGCCAAUGGAGUCAGUGGACGAAGAGGGACUGCCCAAGAACCCGGACCUCCAGCUCGUGCAGUGGCGGUUUCUUCUCUCCGCAGACGACUCGGUGGGCGUCAAUAAGAAUGCCAUCUGGGACCAGCUUCUGGAGGCCAUAAAGGAGAACGACAUGGCUCCGUUCUAUGAGUCAGUGUGUGCCGAGACUGGGUGGACGGUGGACCCUGACCUCUUGGCUCAGCUGAAGUCGGCCAACGAGAAGAAGCUGGUGUCUCUGGAGGAGGCCAUUGAGGACAGCGAGAAGAACUUUGGGGAGACGGAGCAGAAGGAGGCUCUCCAGGCCAAGGCUGAAUACCUCUGCCGAGCCGGACACAAGGAAGCAGCUGAAAGUGCGUUCAGAGCGACGUUUGAAAAGACCGUUGGUCUUGGCUACAGAAUGGACCUGGUCUUCUACCUCAUACGACUUGGUCUGUUCUACAUGGACCACGACCUCAUCACUCGCAACAUUCAGAAAGCCAAGCUGCUGGUGGAGGAGGGCGGGGACUGGGACCGCAGGAACCGGCUCAAGACCUACGAAGGUCUCUACGCCAUGUCCAUCAGAGACUUUGGCAGGGCUGCCACUUGUUUCUUUGAUACCAUGGCAACGUUUACCUCCACUGAGUUGAUGGACUACCAGACGUUUGUAAAAUAUGCCUGUUUCUGCUGUUUGGUGGCAUUGGACCGCAGCGACGUGAAGAGCAAGAUAAUAGAGGGAGCCGACAUCCUGGAGGUGCUCCAUGGCUACCCAGAGCUGAGAGAGUUUGUCUUGUCUCUCUACAACUGCCAGUACGACAAGUUCUUCCGAACACUCAUUUGGUUGGAGCAGGAGUUUCUGAAGGACAGAUAUCUGGCGGCCCAUACUCGAUACUACAUCCGCCAGAUGCGAGUGAAGGCCUACACCCAGUUACUGGAGUCGUAUCGCUCGCUGUCUCUCUCACACAUGGCAGCAACGUUCGGGGUGUCAGUCCAGUUCAUCGACAGAGAGCUGUCCCAGUUCAUCUCUGCCGGGAGGCUCCACUGUAAGAUAGACAAGGUUGGGGGUGUGGUGGUUACCAUGAGGCCCGAUAGCAAGAACUUUCAGUAUCAGUCUACCAUCAAGCAGGGAGAUUUGCUGUUGAACAGAGUACAGAAGUUGAGUCGAGUCAUUCACACUUGACCUGCUAUAUACAAGCCAACCUGACCUCAUACCCUACUACUAUUAGGAGUCACUUUAGCUCUAGGCUUUGCCUGUGUGCCAGGCCCCAAGUGCCCCUCAUUUAUCAGACACACUCUAUCAUUAUUUUGAAAAUACUUGUGGAAAUGAAAUAAAAAAUUGUGUGAGAAUGCAGUGUUAGGUUGGUGAGGUGGAUCUUUAUUUUUUCCCGUCAGAUGAUUUGAAACUGCCUGAGGUGGCCAUGAGGUUCUCGAUAUACUGGUUCAGAAC